AUGGCUCAUGUCAAAGCAGCACCAGAGAAGGCGUAUGAAGAGCCCCGUAUCGACUCAGGCGCAGCACUCUCAGAUCCUGCCGCACUUUCCGGUGGACCUGGACGGACUGGCAAUCUCGUAAUGCCCAUCCUCCAAAAGACGAACUGGGACCACGGUACCCCCAAGGCUCGCUUCCGUAAAAAUGAUCUACGACUGCGCCAGCCGAAGGGCUUUCCCAUCAUACUACUCAAGGUCACACUCGAACGCGCUCGCAAAGAGUCAGCAAUCGAGGCUUCAGCUAAGAAUCGUGUCGACUUACACUUUGAGGUAUACGAGGAGUUGGAGAAGGUUGGCGAGGUUGAGGAUGGAAUCGAGGUUGGAGAAGAAGACGAUGAGGAGGAGGCAGAAGAUACUGCAGAUGAAGAAGUAGAGGGUUCCAUGUACGACAGUGCGGACGACAACGCAAAUGCCAGCGAUGAUGCCGAAAAGCUUCCAACUACCAGACUCGUCACCGAGAAGCCUGCUGCGCUUGUCGACAGUCGCGGGCGAACUCGAGCAGCUACAAAUCGGCGCAAGGCUCAGGAAGCAUCUGAACCCAGCAUGCAGACAAGUGUUUGA